UCACUUAAAACAAGGCAAACAUAAAAGCCAAUGACCCAUAACUGAGUGGCUAAUCGGUUAAAAUAAAAUAGUUUUAUCUUUUAAUAAGAUUUAUAAUAACUAUCACUCGUUAUAACUCAUAUCCUAGUUUUGGUUGAAAUCCUUUUUACUCUUAUAUUUCCUAUUUUUAUAAUAAAAUCUUAUUUUUGUUGAAACAAUUUAGCCAUUAAAGAGAUUUUUAUAUUUAUAUCAUUAAAGUUUUUGUCUUUACAAAUAAUAGCUAUUCAAAGACUUCAGCAACAAAAAAACAUGAAAUACUUAAAUAUCAUUAUAUUUAAUAUCAUAACCAUAAUUAUCUGUCAGCCUAUUGACGGUCGGUUUAUUGGCAAUCCUUUUCUUUGGCUUCAAUGGUCUGCGGCUCAAAAUGAGACCAAUAUAUUAUCACUUAACGAGACAACAGCAACAACAACAACAGAUAAAUCCAAUGACACACUACUUGAGCGGCCCAUCACUCAAGUGGUAUCAGUUCCGCCACCAAUAUUAUUGUCGACUGAAUCAACCCGUCCUCUACCGGUCAGACAACCAGAGUCUCUACUAUUACCACAACUUGGAGUACCCGUCAAAUCAAAUCGCUUUGGAUUAGAGCCACUGAUCCGUCCAAUUGAAUCAACUGAUCAAGAUUUUCAUUCACUUCAACCACAUAAGUCUGUGUCAAGUAUUCAGUUUCAUAAAAGAGUCGGCGAUAUCAUCGAGAGCUCGGCUCAGUCGCCAUCAACAACGCAGUCGAGUAAUGCAAAAGAUAUAAUAAAUAAGGAUUUAAUUGAGAAGUUUUGGACACCGGAUAACACCAAUAAUCCAUUUGAUAUUAAAUUUAUUGACACCGAAGAUAUGAUCAAUAAGACGACAGAUGAUUCAACAGAAUCUGAAACGCAAGCUAUGGAUACCGUCUCUCCGAUGCCAGUCUUCAAGUCAUCAAACAAUGACAACAUUAAUGAGAUGACAAAAUCAAUCAAACCAUUGAUAACAUCCGAUGUCGAUAGCGACCAAUUUGUUGAUAUGUUGAAUAAAUUGUAUUAUAAUAAACCGUUUGAACCAAUUGAUCGUUUUGGUCCCAAGAGUUUUAAAUAAACAUUUAUUUAUAUAUUUUUUUUAAUAUCAGAUUUUAUUUUAUUUUUUGUUAUCAUAAAUAUUUUUAUAAAUAGUUUAGUUUUUAGUUUUAAAAUUAUAAAAAAUAAAAUAUAUAAUAAAC